AUGAUCUCCAAGUUCCUACGUGCCGCCACCGCGACCCUUGCUGUCGCCUCUGUGGUGUCGGCUCAGACUUAUACGGACUGCGAUCCCACUAAGCGCGACGGCUGCCCCAACCCCAAGGCGGUGGGGUCCCAGGUUGUCGACAUCGACUUCCGUAAGGGUGGCAAUGCCUUCUUCAAGGAGCUGGAGGGCACCAAGAUCACCUACGACCCUGAGCUGGGCGCUGUCUUCUCUAUCAAGAAGGAGACUGACGCCCCGACCAUCGCCAGCAACAAGUACAUUUUCUUUGGCCAGGUUGACGUAACCGUCCGCGCUGCUCGCGGUACCGGCAUCGUGACCAGCUUCGUGCUGCAGUCGGACGACCUGGACGAGAUCGACUGGGAGUGGAUCGGCAGCGACAACUACGAGGUGCAGACCAACUACUUCAGCAAGGGCUGCACCGAGACCUACGACCGCGGUGGCUUCUCGAACGUCCACGAUCCCAUCAACACCUUCCAUACCUACACUAUCCGCUGGACUCCUGAGCAGCUCGACUGGAUCAUCGACGGCAACGUCGUCCGUACCCUCAAGAACACGGGCGAGAAGGGCUGCUCCGGCUACCCCCAGAGCCCCAUGCAGAUCAAGCUCGGCACUUGGGUUGCUGGCCGAAAGGACGCUCCCGAGGGCACCAUCCAGUGGGCUGGUGGCCUGGCUAACUGGAAGGAGGCUCCCUUCGACGGCUACUACCAGUCCAUCCGCAUCCAGGACUUUAUGGGUGGCGCCAAGGAGGCCACCGAGUACCAGUACACCGACCGUAGCGGCACUUGGCAGAGCAUCCGGGUCGUCAAUGAUGGCAAGCCCGCCGAGAUCUCGUCCAAGCCCACUCUCCCAGCUACUACCAGCACCGCGAAGCCCUCGUCCACCUCGACCUCGUCCGUUUCGACGACUUCUGCUACCACUUUCGCUACCGUAACCUCGUCCACCUCGACUGUCGCCUCUUCGGCCACUGCUUCCCAGGUGUCCAUCUCUCCGUCGCCCACCGUUAACACCCCUAACGCUGGUGUCUCCCCUGUGCCGAGCGACGACUCCACCGGCGCUGCCGGCAGGCUGGCCCUGAAUGUGGGCAACGCCGUUGCCAUGGGUGUCGCUGCCGUCUUUGGCUAUCUUCUGCUCUAA